AUGUCUAGUUAUACGUGCUGCAGUAUCGAGUCGGAAUUUUCGAAGCUGGUCCAAGUGGAUGGCCGUAUCGAGGAGGCUGAUGUCGCAGCCGUUUUCGACCAAGCAAAACCUGUUCAGCUUGACUUUAUGCUUGGGCAAUGGGAGGGCGGGAGCUUCAACACUGGUCAUCCCACUCACGAACUGCUUCAGACCAACAAGUGGGCUGGAAAGACGUUUCGCACCAUCAACGACGUGGACCCGAUUGUCCUAUACAAUGAGGUCGGAGCGAGAGUCUGGUGCAAAGACUACGGAAAUGCUCAAUUACGCGCAGUCACUUUUCGUGGCGUGACUUCAGCUGCUAUGAUAUACGAUAAUUUUCCCAUCAUUGACAGUUUCCGCUAUAUUUCUGACACUAUAGUUAUUGGUGCCAUGGACAACAAGCUGGUGCCGAAGGAAGCCGGAACGUACUACUUCUACCUGCGAAAGCUCAAUGAAUAG